AUGGUCAUCGGACAGAACCGUCGCAGUCGUUCACAUGUAGGUCCGGUACCGUUUGAGAGGGAACAAAGUAGGAGGUUGAAUACGUUCGUGAAGCCACUGGAGACGUCUUCGCGUCGUCUUUCUCAUUCACUGGACAGCGAUCUUACAUCGUUACCAUCAUCGCUUCCGAACAUUUAUGUGAACAGCACUACGAACAGAAUUCGCUUGUCUCGAUUAUCUACUAACGUCACGCAAGCGACACACGCGCGAAAAUCUAUGGUUGUGUCUUAUCGAGAGGAAAUGCCUCUAGAGGAACUUUUCGAACACUUCCAAGCAGUGAACGAUCUCAUCCGACAAGCAAGGAGCAGAGCGAAGCGGGUUUUAAUCUACUCCGAUGACAGUUUGGCAGUGUGUCAAGCAUUUGCACUCGCUUAUAAUGUACAGUAUUAUAAUUUGAGCCUCGAUCGUGUACUGAUUAGUUUUCAACGAUUAAGAAUCAAAGUGGAUCUGAACGACUCUCUAAGAGUGGCGCUCAUGAAAUGGGCAGAGUUGUGCGAAAGUAACGGAAAGGACUACAACAGAUCUGAUAUUAUUGUUAAAAAACUUGUACCUCUCGCAACUGAUAGAGUGUUCAAGAAAGCUGUGCGCCUGCAUGCUCCGCAUGGUGUUGAAUUUUCCGAGAAAUUUAAGACGUUUCAAAUUUGUAAUGAAGGCGCUGUCUCAUCCAAUAAACUGGUAUGCACCACUCACGCCAUCUCAUCAGCUUUGUGUGGAUUUCAUAAAAUGACGACGAAUGAAGACACUCAUUUCAAUGAACAGCUGCUGCAAAUGAUUACUCGGGAUAAAGAUGACUGCUCCCCGAUAUCGACUACUUUGCUAAUCUGCACAAUAACGUUAGUUAUUUCGGCUUACUGUUCCGGCGCGAACUUCGCCUACAUGAGAAUGAGCAUCAACGACAUGCUGUUGAUAGUGGAAAAUGGUGAUGAACCGCAUAAGCACAAAUAUGGCUAUAUGCUUCGCUAUGCUGUGCCAACAAUCAUGAUCGUCUUAUUGGCCGAAAUUCUACCGCAGUCUGUAUGCAAUCGUUUUGGCCUUACGCUUGCUGCUAAAACUCGCCACGUUACUUUGCUCCUUUUUAUUAUUUGUGCACCUGUUGCAUGGCCGUUUAGCAAAGUCAUCGACUACAUCCUUGGAAGAGAGGUUCGUGAGAUAUACUCCGAGGAAAAGCUCAAAGCUCUCAUAAAAGUGCAGUCGAAGAAAAUGGAAGAAGCUGCUCAAGGAGAUAUUCUCGCAAGAAUAGUGGAUUUUCCAAAGAAAACUGUACAAGAUAUGAUGACACCAAUGGAAGACGCUUUUGUCAAAGAUCUUAAAGAAUGA